AUGGCGUCACAGCGCGAUGUAGGAUUGGCCGUAUUGUACGGAACUGUUGAGCUCGUUUGCCAGACUUUCUUCUAUGGUGUAUUUUGCAUUAUGAUGCCAGUCUCUUUGCAAAUCCUUCUACGUAGAGGGCUAAAAUCACGAACGAAUAAAAUCAUGUUUAGUGCUACGAUUUUCAUGUUCUGCACCACCACUGGAUAUUGGAUAGGAGGAAUUGCCAGCGUCAUCUCCCUGAUUAAGAGCCGCCUGCUAUCCCCAAGACCCCAAGACCCAGCGAUUUCUCUACCACUGUUCCGUGCUAUUGUUCUUCUUAACUAUAUUGUCACGGAUGGGGUUGUUAUCUGGAGAGCUGCGGUAUUAUGCAGAGACACGGGUAGGAAGACUAUUGUUAUGUCAAUCGUAUUUCUCAUUUGCGCCUCAGUCUCAAUCCUGCUUACUAUCGCUCUCAGGAUCGGAACUACUAUACUUGGAUCCGACAGAAGUGCCCGCCUCGAUGCCAUUGUCGAAGUAACACAAGUGGUAAAUCUAGCAUUGUCGUUCCUUGCCAACCUAUCCGCAACAUCAAUAGUUUGCGUCAAGGCCUGGAGAUACCGUAAGGACCUUGGUCAGGGAUUUAACAGACGGACGAAAGUCGAACGCAUCUUUAUAAUCCUUAUCGAAUCGGGGCUCCUAUACUGCUCUUCUGGGAUCCUGGCUAUCAUUGCUUCUGUUAUCCGUCUUCCUCAUGGGACGCUGGGUGAUAUAUAUACGCGUAUUCAUGUUCAGAUUGCUGGAAUAUAUCCGACCAUCGUUCUUGUUCUGAUAAGCCAACAGCGUACACUUGAAGAAGGCGUUUUCUCUGCCGGUGGAAUGACCGAUGGUGUUCAUGAAGCUCCCGUAGAGUCGAUGAACUUCCGGAACAAUCCUGCCUUAACAGGCUCGACAAUGACUGCUAUAGAUCACAACGAAUGGGCAAUAGAUUCCUGUAUCUCGGGAUCUUAG